AUGGGCGGUGGUAAUGGACAAAAGUCAGCGACCAAACGUGAACGAAACAAUGCCAAGAAGAUGAAGGAAGCGAAGCAAAAGAAUCACGCAGAGUCAAAGGCCAAGAUGGAGGCUGAUAAGACGGGUAUUAAGUGUAAGAUUUGCAUGACGACAUUUCUCAUUACGGCCAAUAAGACGCAGUUAAAUGAUCAUUUUGAAAGCAAACACUUGUCCAAGGGCUUGACAAUUGAGCAAUGUUUUCCUGGUAAAGUUUGA